CGGUGCGGGGGCGGUGUCACCGCCGGAGCUCCAGCUCAAGCCCGAGGCGACGACGGGAGCCGGGUGGGAGCCGCGGGAAUCGCCCCUGGGUCUCCAGCGUCACCCUGUGCCCCUGCUUGCUGGCGGUGGCCAGCCCGUGGCCGGCUGGUGGGUAGCGGCGCCAUGGCCACUCCAGAGCCGCUGCGGCCGCGCCUGUGCUGCCUGGUGCGUGGGGAGCACGGCUACGGCUUCCACCUGCACGGCGAAAAGGGUCGCCGCGGGCAGUUCAUUCGUCGCGUGGAGCCAGGCUCCCCAGCCGAGGCGGCCGAGCUGCGCGCCGGGGACCGCCUAGUCGAGGUCAACGGCGUCAACGUGGAGGGCGAAACGCAUCACCAGGUGGUGCAGAGGAUCAAGGCUGUGGAAGGGCAGACCCGGCUGCUGGUGGUAGACAAGGAGACGGAUGAGGAGCUGCGCCGACGGCAGCUGACCUGCACUGAGGAGAUGGCCCAGCAAGGUCUUCCACCCGCCCAUGACCUCUGGGAGCCAAAGCCGGUCUGGACGCAUGCAGGCAGCCUUGGCUCCAAGGAUGGCCAGAAGGAUGUCAAUGGGCCUGCAAGGGAGCUUCGCCCCAGGCUCUGCCACCUGGUAAAGGGCCCCCAGGGCUACGGGUUCAACCUACACAGUGACAAGUCCCGGCCAGGACAGUACAUUCGCUCAGUGGACCCGGGCUCGCCCGCUGCCCACUCUGGCCUCCGUGCCCAGGAUCGACUCAUCGAGGUGAAUGGGCAGAAUGUGGAGGGGCUGCGCCACGCAGAGGUGGUCGCCAGCAUCAAGGCACGGGAGGAUGAGGCCCGGCUACUGGUAGUGGACCCUGAAACAGACGAACACUUCAAGAGGCUGCGGGUCACACCCACCGAGGAGCAUGUGGAAGGUCCACUGCCGUCACCAGUCACCAAUGGGACCAGCCCUGCCCAGCUCAAUGGUGGCUCAGCGUGUUCGUCCCGAAGCGAUCUACCUGGCUUAGACAAGGACAAUGAGGAUGGCAGCACCUGGAAGCACGACCCAUUUCAGGAGAGUGGCCUCCACCUGAGCCCCACAGCAGCUGAGGCCAAGGAGAAGGCGAGAGCCACCCGGGUCAACAAGCGGGCACCGCAGAUGGACUGGAAUCGGAAGCGUGAGAUCUUCAGCAACUUCUGAGUCUCCCUCCCUACCCAUUUGCUGGACCUGGGCCUCCUCCCUGCAUGGACUUUGGGUCUCGCCCCUUGGGUCCAGACCAGAGUUCCCCAAGCCUCAGUGGACUGGAGGAGGUGCAUCCUCACUCUCAGAAGCCAUGGUGGUCCCACCACCACCCAGGAACUUACCCACGUCUCAGUGAGUGCCUGUCCUGAGCCCCUUACCGUGGGUGCUGAGGGAACGUGGCAGCAAGACUAGGGAGAGGGAGCCCCCAGUAUGUGAGAGAGACAUUGAGAAAGGGAGGGGUGGUGGUGUGACCCUAGGGGCCAGGCCCUUGCUGCUCUGCCUGGGCCUGCUGAUUUAAAGGAAUUUGUGGUUUUGCUUUUUUUCCAAAAAGAGCUCCAGCUCGACACAUGUUUCCACUUAAUACCAGAGCCCCCACCCCCACCAGGACGUGCUCUCUAAAUAAUUGCAAUAAAACAAACCUUUCUCUACAAACCAUUUCCUCCCCCACCCCCUCCUGGGCAGCAGCCAUCCUGGGUGGGAAUCCCUGGGACUUCCUGGGGCCGAGGGGGGGUGGGCAAGCUGUUUGAGGAGGCUUUAGGUGAAGCUGGGGAGGCCAGUUGUGGCUGUUAAGAGCUUUCCCUGAGCUCCAUCUUUGCCUUCUGUGGUAUGGGGGUUCACUAGACCAGGCCCCCUAUGUCCCCACCACACCAGGGAUCUAGGGCGCAGGGCCUGGGUUCUCUGAGGGGCCCGAGGAUGGAGGAUUCCUGUCCCUGACGUGGGCAGCUUCUGGACAGGCCCCAUGUCCUGCACCACCUCCCCCAAGCUUGGGGAGCGUGGCUGUGCGAGACACUACCCCAGGAGCAACUCCAGUCUUUGAGCUCAGCUCCUGCCUGAAGCCCUCCCCGAGUGCGGCCCCAGACUGCCCUGAAAUCUGACAUUGGCAUCAGCCCUGUAAGCCAUAGCGCACCUGCACCCUUGAAUAAACAGGCCUUCCUUGGA